CUGUUGAUCUUCUACUUCAGUUUUAUUUUUAUUUUAGCAUGUCUCUCCAAUCUUCUUUUGUUGCCACUCCAAAUGCAAACACAAAGAUCAUUCGCCCGUUAGCCAAUUUCCAUCCUAGCAUUUGGGGUGAUCGCUUCAUCACAUAUGCUCCUCCUGAUGAUAUGAUGUAUGAGGCUUGUCUUAAACAAGUUGAUGAAUUGAAAGAAGAAGUGAGAAGGAUGCUAGUGGGUGAUGCUAAUAAUGAGUUUUUAAAGAAACUAAGCUUGAUUGAUUCAUUGCAAAGGCUUGGUGUGGCAUAUCACUUUGAAGAAGAGAUUGAGGAGAUACUGGAGCAGAUACAUGAAGCCCCAGAUCAUGGUUUUGAUGAUGACAAUGAUGAUCUUUAUACCAUAGCUUUGCGAUUUCGCUUACUGAGACAGCAAGGGUAUAAUGUCCCUUGUGAUGUUUUCAAAAGAUUCAAGGAAGAGGACUUCAUUAAUGAUGUGAGUGGGAUGCUAUGCUUGUAUGAAGCUACACAUUUGAGGGUACAUGGAGAAGAUAUUCUAGAUGAAGCCCUAGAGUUCACAACCACUAGACUUAAUUCCAUAGUCACUGAUGGUUUAAAACCUCAUCCUCUUGCAACACAAGUGAUGCAUGCCUUGAAAAAAUCCUUUCACAAGAACCCGCCAAGGAUAGAAGCUAGGGACUACAUCUCUAUUUACCAAGAAGACUACAAUACAAAGAAUGAAUCUCUUCUUAAGCUUGCAAAACUAGAUUUCAAUCUACUACAGUCCAUCCACCAGCAGGAGCUAAGCCAACUCUCAAAAUGGUGGAAAGAAUUGGGGUUUGCAUCAAAGCUACCUUAUGCUAGAAACAGACUUGUGGAGUCAUAUUUUGUUGCAAUGGGGUUGUGUUUUGAGCCUCAUUAUGCUCUUUCUAGAAAGAUGAUAACCAAAGUUACAUCCCUGAUUGUGAUUAUAGAUGAUACAUAUGAUGCAUAUGGUACCUUCGAAGAACUCCAGCUCUUCACAGAUGCAGUUGAGAGGUGGGACUAUAGCGCCAUGGAUGGACUCCCUGAAUACAUGAAAGUUAUCUACUCGGCACUCUUAGAUUUUUACAAUGAAACUGAGGAAGAGUUGAGAAAGGAUGGACAAUCUUAUCGUUUUUACUAUGCAAAAGAAGCGAUGCAAACACAAGUUAGAACCUACUUCAUCGAGGCCAAAUGGUUAAAUGAUGGAUAUAUUCCAACAUUCGAAGUGUAUAUGCAAAAUGCAUCAACCAGCAUUGCUUAUAUCUUGCUAGUAGUCCAUUCCUUGGUUGGCAUGGGAGAUUUUGUGACAAAGGAAACCUUUGCUUGGGCAAUGAAUAAUCCAGAGCUUAUGAAGGCUUCAACCUUAAUUGCCAGACUCAUGAAUGAUAUGAAGGCCCAUAAGUUUGAGCAAGAGAGAGGGCAUGUUUGUUCGGCUGUGGAGUGCUACAUGAAGCAACACAAUGUUUCAGAAGAAGAGGUAUAUGAUGAAUUUAAUAGAAGAGUGGUGGAUGCAUGGAAAGAUGUAAAUGAAGCGUGCAUGAGACCUAUGAUGACUACUGCAGCUAUCCCAAGGCCAGUUCUGUCAGUGUUUGUCAACUAUGAUUGUAAUAUUGAUGUGGUCUACACGUAUAAAGAUGGUUUCACUUUUGCUAAUGAAAUAUUGAAGGAGCUCAUCACCUCAUUGCUUGUCGAUCCCAUACCCAUGUAG